AUGAACACUGUUUCUGCCGAAUAUUACGGUGACAAUUUUAUUCCCGGUACUACAAAUAUCCUAACAGGAAAACGUCCUCAUGAUGCAGACUCCGUUAUCUCAAACAAGCGUGACAGACACGGUCUUGUUCUUAUCCCACAACCAACGGAGUCUCCCAAUGACCCAUUAAACUGGUCAAAACCAAGGAAAUUAUGGCACUUGUCAUUACUAUCAUUCAUCACUGCUCUCACAGCAGCAACUUCAAACGAUGCUGGAGCAACUCAAGAUUCCUUAAACGAACAUUAUGGCAUAUCCUAUGACGCAAUGAACACGGGGGCAGGGGUGCUUUUUAUAUUUAUUGGUUGGUCAUGUAUGUUUUUUGCACCAGCUUCGUCCUUGUAUGGCAGACGCAUCACAUAUCUUAUUUGUCUAAUAUGUGGUACUUUGGGUUGUGUAUGGUUUGCUCUUAGUAAACGAACAUCAGAUACCAUUUGGUCGCAAAUGUUUGUUGGUAUUCUGGAGUCAUGUGCCGAAGCUCAAGUGCAACAAAGCUUGAGUGAUGUAUUUUUUCAAAAUGAUUUGGGCAGUGUUUUAACCAUAUACAUUUUGGCCACUUCAGUAGGUACGUUUUUGGGACCCUUAAUUGCCGAAAUCAUUUCUAUGAACAUGAGUUUUAGAUGGGUUGGAUGGUGGGGUGCCAUUAUUUGCGGUGUCUCCGUUAUUGUCAUUUUCUUUGGAUGCGAGGAAACUGUAUUUGAUAGACAAUCGUAUAACAAGGUAGACAGCUCCACUGUUGUUGUUGUUAAGAAGAUUAUGCAAGAUUCAGAAAAGAAUUUACAUGGUGAGAUGGGGAGUGGGAGUGAAACUGAAAUCGAGGGUGAAGAUUCUUUAUCAACAAAGCAAAACAAUAUUCUUGGUACGCAUAGUCACGAAUCUGUUAAAGAGAUAACCAAGGCUGCUGAUGAUGAGUCUCGUAAAGAAGUACCGAAAUCAUACCAUAAACGCAUUGCUUUGAUCACACCUGCUCCGUACUUGAAGGGUCUCGGUAUCAAGCAAUACCUUGAGAGGUUUCUCAUCUACUUUAAAGUAUUUACAUUGCCAGCCGUUUGGUUGUCGGGAAUAUUAUGGGGGUUACAAGAUGCUUAUAUGACUUUCUUUUUAACCACUCAGGACACUUUUUUUUACGACCCACCGUGGAAUAAGAGUAAUACUGGGGUUGCCGUGAUGAAUGUUGCCACAUUGAUUGGUGCUGUAAUCGGGUGUAUUAUGUCAGGAGUAUUUUCAGAUAAACAUGUUGUUUGGAUAGCCAAGAGACACAAUGGUGUGAUGGAACCUGAAUAUAGACUCUACUUGCUUUUCAUUACCUUGAUUGUAUCACCAGCUGGAUUGAUUAUGUUUGGGGUUGGAGCAGAAAAGGAAUGGCCCUGGCAAUGCAUUUAUGUGGGUUUGGGUUUUAUUGGGUUUGGUUGGGGUUCAAUUGGUGAUACUGCGAUGUCCUAUUUGAUGGAUGCUUACCCUGACAUUGUUAUACAGGGUAUGGUUGGGGUUUCAAUUAUCAAUAAUACAUUAGCUUGUAUUUUCACCUUUGUAUGUUCCUAUUGGUUAGAUAACUCAGGCACAGCAAACACGUACAUUGCAUUGGCAGUUAUCGAUUUUGUCACUAUUGCAUGUAUCAUCCCAUUCUUGUAUUUUGGAAAGACAUUUAGAAAAAGAACAAGACGAAUAUAUGUAAACAUGGUUGAAUUGACUCAAGAUAUGGGUUGA